AUGUGUGACUGUGUGUACAGUUUUGCCAACUUCCUUCAGUACGUUCCUCACAUCCCCCAGGUGCAACGAGCGGCGUUGGCUGUCUUCUUCCUGCGCCAGUGCACUGUGCGUUUUCUGGUCCACAUUCGUGAAAGCCGAGCGGUGGCAGAAGGAGGGACAGGAGGAGCUGUGGAGGAGAAGGAAGAGGGGUGGGAGAAGCUGAGAGAGCGGUGCAGAGGGAUGGAGGAGGGAGAGGAGGAGGAGGAGGAGGAGGAUGAGGAGGAGGAGGAGGAGGAGGAGGAGGAGGAGGAGGAGGAGGAGGAGGAGGAGGAGGAGGAGGAGGAGGAGGAGGAGGAGGAGGAGGAGAGGAGGUUAUUUGACGAUCCCGUGUUCAUCCCAGAGCUGCUGUGCUUGCUGCCAGCACUGGCGCUCAAGUGCCCCUCCCUCCUGCCACCAGAGCUGCUGUGCUUGCUGCCAGCACUGGCGCUCAAAUGCCCUUCCUUCCUGCCGCCAGCUUCAACCACCAUCACCUUCAACCACCAUCACCUUCAACCACCAUCACCUCCCACCACCAUCACCUUCAACCACCAUCACCUUCAACCACCAUCACCUUCAACCACCAUCACCUUCAACCACCAUCACCUCCCACCACCAUCACCUUCAACCACCAUCACCUUCAACCACCAUCACCUCCCACCACCAUCACCUUCAACCACCAUCACCUCCCACCACCAUCACCUUCAACCACCAUCACCUUCAACCACCAUCACCUCCCACCACCAUCACCUUCAACCACCAUCACCUCCCACCACCAUCACCUUCAACCACCAUCACCUUCAACCACCAUCACCUCCCACCACCAUCACCUUCAACCACCAUCACCUUCAACCACCAUCACCUCCCACCACCAUCACCUUCAACCACCAUCACCUUCAACCACCAUCACCUCCCACCACCAUCACCUCCCACCACCAUCACCUUCAACCACCAUCACCUUCAACCACCAUCACCUUCAACCACCAUCACCUUCAACCACCAUCACCUUCAACCACCAUCACCUUCAACCACCAUCACCUCCCACCACCAUCACCUUCAACCACCAUCACCUUCAACCACCAUCACCUUCAACCACCAUCACCUCCCACCACCAUCACCUUCAACCACCAUCACCUCCCACCACCAUCACCUUCAACCACCAUCACCUUCAACCACCAUCACCUUCAACCACCAUCACCUUCAACCACCAUCACCUUCAACCACCAUCACCUUCAACCACCAUCACCUUCAACCACCAUCACCUUCAACCACCAUCACCUUCAACCACCAUCACCUUCAACCACCAUCACCUUCAACCACCAUCACCUUCAACCACCAUCACCUUCAACCACCAUCACCUUCAACCACCAUCACCUUCAACCACCAUCACCUUCAACCACCAUCACCUUCAACCACCAUCACCUUCAACCACCAUCACCUUCAACCACCAUCACCUUCAACCACCAUCACCUUCAACCACCAUCACCUCCCACCACCAUCACCUUCAACCACCAUCACCUUCAACCACCAUCACCUUCAACCACCAUCACCUUCAACCACCAUCACCUUCAACCACCAUCACCUUCAACCACCAUCACCUUCAACCACCAUCACCUUCAACCACCAUCACCUUCAACCACCAUCACCUUCAACCACCAUCACCUUCAACCACCAUCACCUUCAACCACCAUCACCUUCAACCACCAUCACCUUCAACCACCAUCACCUUCAACCACCAUCACCUUCAACCACCAUCACCUUCAACCACCAUCACCUCAACCACCAUCACCUUCAACCACCAUCACCUUCAACCACCAUCACCUUCAACCACCAUCACCUUCAACCACCAUCACCUUCAACCACCAUCACCUUCAACCACCAUCACCUUCAACCACCAUCACCUUCAACCACCAUCACCUUCAACCACCAUCACCUUCAACCACCAUCACCUUCAACCACCAUCACCUUCAACCACCAUCACCUCACCACCAUCACCUUCAACCACCAUCACCUCCCACCACCAUCACCUUCAACCACCAUCACCUUCAACCACCAUCACCUCCCACCACCAUCACCUCCCACCACCAUCACCUUCAACCACCAUCACCUCCCACCACCAUCACCUCAACCACCAUCACCUUCAACCACCAUCACCUCCCACCACCAUCACCUUCAACCACCAUCACCUCCCACCACCAUCACCUUCAACCACCAUCACCUUCAACCACCAUCACCUUCAACCACCAUCACCUUCAACCACCAUCACCUUCAACCACCAUCACCUUCAACCACCAUCACCUUCAACCACCAUCACCUUCAACCACCAUCACCUUCAACCACCAUCACCUCCCACCACCAUCACCUUCAACCACCAUCACCUUCAACCACCAUCACCUCCCACCACCAUCACCUCCCACCACCAUCACCUUCAACCACCAUCACCUCCACGUGAGGCUGGGCCUGGACGUGAGGCUGGGCCUGGACGUGAGGCUGGGCCUGGACGUGAGGCUGGGCCUGGACGUGAGGCUGGGCCUGGACGUGAGGCUGGGCCUGGACGGUGUGGAGGGUGCGGAGGGUGCGGAGGGUAAAGGUGAAGGGGAGGAGGAGGGUACAGGGACACAGGAGAAGCAGGAAAAGGGUGGUGGUGGCGUGGCAGGGAGAAUGGGCUCGCAGGCACAGGGGCGUUUGAAGGAGGGUGACGGGGCGGCUGUUGAGACGUUUCAAAAGUCGGCUGGCAGAUGGUCGGCAGAACUGUCGCAGCGCCUGCGGGUGUUCUGUCUGUUGUGCGGGUGCGGUGUGGUGAGGCUGGAAGAUGCGCUGGGUGACAGCCUGGCAGCGAAUGAGGUGGCUGUCUUCCGCUGCCUCUACGCUGCUUCCCUCCCCGUCCACCCUGUAUUCCCCUCCCUCCUUUCCUCCUUCAUCUCUGCCCUUGCUUCCGCAUCCCUCCCCCCUCCUCCACCCAACCCCUUCCGCACGCCAGUCUCCCAUCCACCCUCCAGCCACCCCCCGGCACACCCGCAUUACUCUCUCCCCUCCUCACACCCCUCCCCGUCUCGCGCGUCCCCCUCUCACGUCCCCCGCUCCCACCCCUCCCCGUCCCGCAUAUCCCCAUCCCAUCCCUCCUCCGCCCACCCGUCCCCCUCGCACCCCUCCCGCUCCCCUCUCCACCCCACCUCCUCCCCCGCAAUUUCAAACACCACCCCUACUCUCUCUCACUCCACCACCACAACCCCUCCCACCCCUGCCAUCCAACCCCUCUCUCGCUCUGCCCUCCUUCGCCUUAUUUGGCCCGCCUGCCUCCUCACAACCUCAGGCGUACCACCCACUGUUCUGCUCUCCCCCCUUCUCCCCACACAACUUCUGCACCAACUUGCAUCCUUGGAACCCGAAUCAGGGUCAAGAGGUGGGUUGAUGGGUGGAAAUGGAGACAAGAGUGGUUUUAUGCGGUUGGAGGAGAUGUGCUGGGGUGAGGAGGAGAGGGUGUUGGCACGGGGGGCGCUGGGGUCGCUGUAUGUGCUGCUGUGGGAGCAAGAGAUGCAGAGGAAGCGAGGGGCGCAGGGGAGUGGGGAAAAGAGAGGGGGGCAGGAAGCGGGGGAGAGGAGAGGGGGGCAGGGCGCGCAGGGCAAGAAAGGAUUUGCUGGAGCUGAAUUUGUCCUGCCAGAAGUGGGAGAGGAGUGGGAGGAACAGGAGGAGGCAGACGAGGGAGCACAGGGAGAAGAGGAGGAGCAAGAGGGAGAGAGGGAAGAAGAAGAGGAGGGAGAGGCGGAAGACAAAGGAGAGGAGGAGCAAGAGACGGGUAGUGGUGGGAGUGGCGGGAGAGGGAGUGAAAGGGACAAGGGAGAGGGAGGGAGCAGAGGAGCGAUGCAGGCAUGCCGUGCAGAGGUGGUGCAGGUCCUGCCGCUGCAGCAGUGGUGGCAGCUGCUGCUGCGCGCCCUGCCCUGGCACAGCCUUCUUGGUGUCUUCGAGACAAGGUUCUUCGACUUAGCCCCUCUCAUGCCUACUGUGAGUAUUGCAGCUAUUAGAGAGGGUGUCACUUCGCUCCUUCACUCUCUAGUGCCCACAGUGUGUCACUCCACUUGCUCAAGAUCCUUCUCAGGUGGAGUGACGGGUGGAGUGACGGGUGGAGUGACAGGUGAAAUGACAGGUGGAGUGACAGGUGAAAUGACAGGUGGAGUGACAGGUGAAAUGACAGGUGGAUGGAGUGACAGCACAGGGGUUGUGGCGAGGCUGGGGAAGCGGAUGAGUGGAGAGGAGGUGGAGAAUGGGGUGGUGGCGAUGGUGGGGGUGGUGGCUCAGAUGGUAUUGGAGGUGUGUGGUGAGUUGCAGGAGGAGGGCGAAGAGGAGGGGGAGAGGGUGGAAGAGAUUGCUGAGCGGUUGGAGGAGGUGGAGGGAGAGGAAGAGGAGGAUGAGGGAGUGGAAGAGGAGGGGAAUUUGGAGCGUGAGGAGGAUGGGGAGCAGGAGGAAGGGAAGGAGGGGGAGGAGGAGAAAGAAUGGGGGCUAUGGAGGAAGAAGUGUGAGCAACAGAGGCAUGAGCUGCAGAAGCAGCGGUGGAAGGCGGGGCAGCAGGGCAGCGACGUGCGAGCAUGCCAGGCCAUGCUCUUCGCCUUCCUUGACCGCCUAAUUGCACAACACCCACUGCUGCUCCGCCUCCUCACCUUCCAGGGCUUUUCUCUCGCAUGUGUACCUCCCUUGGUUGCAGCCUCCCCAGCCACGCGCUCCCUUCUCCCAGCACUCGCACGGGAGCUGCUGCAGCAGCCAAUCAUGGCACGCCAGCUCAUGGCCGUGGCGCUAGUUGCUGAGUAUGCUGUGUGCUGCAGCGAUGCACCCGACUCUUUGCCACUCGCUUCCCAUGUGCUUCAUCUGCUCGCCCACACGCUCACUCACACGGCCGCUGCCACCGACUUCCUCUCCUCCACCCUCCCCUCCGCCGUCCGAUGUGCCAUCGCCCUCCCCGCCCUCCACCCCGCUACAGUCACACUCCUGCGUGAAUGUAUCAGGGUGGUGGGACCCUUGCUCCCCCACCUUCCCCCGCAAGUCCCCGCUCUCUUUACAGCAGCUGAGGCGUCAUGGGGUGUGCUGGUCAGGAGCCUCUCUCGCACAGCCACCAUUCCCCUCCUUUCGCUACAGAUGUCCUAA